AUGACUAGAACUGACAAGGUUAUUGGGACCCCUAUAGCUUUGCCAAGGAUAAACGUCGAACGGGAAGUGAUGUCAAGGAAAGAGCGUUGGGAUCAUGGCAAUUGUUCAGAAAUGAACACGUGGACUCAUCUAAGUCAAGAUGUCCCGUGUCAACUUUUUAAUCAAUUGAAAGACGAACUUCAUGACUUUACGGAAAAGGAUCAGCGGCUUCUUGAUGCAAGCCUUAGAGGACAUCUUGCAAAAACUUUUG